AGCUUUUGUCGCACGAGCACUUAUUCAAGCUCUGUGGUCAAGAUGAGUUCAACGACGCAGACGGUGCAGUCGAAAGGGAUUUUCCACGGACUCCCGACAUAUCCUACCACUCCUGACUUCCAGAACCUCACAGCGAUCGUUACGGGGGCAAAUGGCAUCUCGGGCUACCACAUGGUGAAGGUGCUCGCUGCCGCGCCUGAGCGAUGGGGCAAAAUUUACUGUCUCUCACGCCGACCUCCUCCCGACUAUUUCUUCGAGGGUUUGGGCGACCAGGCAGACCGGGUCGAGCAUGUUGAGGUGGAUUUUCUGGCGGAUCCCGACAGCAUCGGCAAGGGUCUGGCAGCGAAAGUCGCUCGGGUCGACCAUGUAUUCUUUUUCUCCUACAUGCAGCCCGCUCAGAAAGGCGGCAUAUUAGGCAUGUGGUCGAAUGCAGAUGAACUGACCAGGGUCAAUGCGAGUCUCCUUGAAAACUUCAUUGGGGGACUCAAGGCGGCCAAAUUGACACCCAAGAGAUUCCUCUUACAGACGGGAGCCAAACAGUAUGGAUUCCACAUAGGCCCGGCUACCAGCCCAUCUUUUGAGUCGGACCCAAGAAUCACUUCCGAGAAGAACUUUUACUACGCUCAAGAAGAUCUUCUCUCGGCAUAUUGUCACGAGUCCGGUGCCCAGUGGGAGGUUGUUCGCCCCUCCUACAUCAUCGGAGCCGUUCGCGAUAACCUGCUCAAUCAUCUAGUUGGUAUCGCGGUUUAUGCCUCGGUGCAAGCCUAUCUGAAAGAGCCCCUCUCUUUCCCCGGGGACUACAUCGCCUGGGACCGCGAGUAUUGCCAGAGUACGGCUUUGUUGAACGCCUAUCUCGAAGAAUGGGCCGUCCUGUCACCACACACGGGCAACCAGGCAUUCAAUGCCCAGGAUGGGUUGCCCUUCACCUGGGGCAGGUUAUGGCCCUACCUCGCCGAAUGGUACGGCACGUCCUGGAAUCCCCCAGAAGCAGACCCUUCGAAAUACAGAACAACAGAGUCGAGAUGGGAGGAGACUCCCAGAGGAUACGGGCCCCGAGGGGUUACUAGGUCCUCGUUCAGCUUCAUGGAAUGGUCGGAACAGACCAAAGUGGUACAGGCGUGGAAAGAGUUGACAGCGAAGCAUGCUCUGCUUCUCGAUCCGUUUGCCGAUCGCGCGCGAAUAUUCAGCAUGACUGAUUCUGCUGUGAUUGGAGGUUGGCCUUUGUCUCUGAGCAUGCGGAAAGCCGUCAAAUUAGGAUGGCAUGGCUGCGUGGACUCGUACGAGUCGGCUUUCCACACGCUUCGCGACCUGGCCAGGAUAAAAGUGGCGCCGCCGCCUGCGAAGACCACUUUCACAGAGUAAAUGCAUGGGGUUGGAUUGCUAUCUAGGUAGAUGCCUUCGCUACAUGCUUAAUUUGCUCCGUGGCUUGAUAAGGAAGCUCAUGUGGCUGUAAGUAAUGAAAGGAUGUGAAGGGUGAAGGGG